AUAUAGCAACAGUUUAUGUUGAGAGAAAUGGAAGUGAAAGGUGAGAUUGUAUCAAAGGAGACAAUAAAGCCAUCUUCAACAACACCCAAUGAGCUUCGACACUUCAAACUCUCUCUCAUCGAUCAAUUGGCUCCUCCAUUUUACGUUCCUAUAAUCCUCUUAUACUCUGCUUCCGAUGCCACAAACACCAAAACAAUAUCUCAAAAAUUGAAGGCUUCUCUAUCAGAAGUCCUCACUCUCUAUUACCCCUUUUGCGGAACCCUCAGAGGCAACUCAACCGUCGAGUGCAACGAUGAGGGCGUUGUUUUCACCGAGUGUAGAGUCCCCAUGGAACUCUCAAGCCUUCUCAAAGACCCUGACCUUCAUCAGAUCAACCACCUUUUCCCAUGCGAUCCCUUCAACCCUGCAAGAGAAACUCUGACUGGGAACAUGGCAGUUCAGUUGAACCAGUUCACGUGUGGAGGUCUUGCGCUUGGCGUCUGCUUCUCACACAAGAUCGCUGAUGCUUCGGCAGCAGCAUCCUUCCUCACUGCUUGGGCUGCAUCAUCAAGGUAUAUUAUUGGUCACACAUUCCAAAUAGGAGAAGGCAACAAACUGAUACUACCUCAAAUGGAAGAAGGGGCACUGGUUUUUUCGCGGAGGAAGAUAGAAAUGGACUUGACUGGUCGCAUGAUGCGCAAAAACAUUGUGACAAAGAGGUUCGUGUUCAACAGGAGCAACAUAUCUAGACUGAAGCAAAAGUUGGGGAGCUUCGACUUCACUCCCACCAGUGUUGAAGCCGUGACAGCACUCAUAUGGAAAUCAUCACUGGAAGCUGCGAAAGCAAAUUCAGAGGAAGGAAAAAUUCCGGCGUCUAUGAUAUCCCACGCGGUGAACAUUCGCAGCAGAAUGGCCCAAACCUUUUCGGAGCAUUCCAUGGGAAAUCUGUGGCAACAGGCGGUGUCUCCGGUGGUGGAGGUGGAAGGAGAAGUGGGGCUGCGCGAUUUGGGUGAGAGAGUGAGGGAAACGAUAAGAAAAGUUGAUGGAAAAUAUUUGAGUAUGGUUCAGGGUGAUGAGUUUUAUAAGGUGAUGGAGUGUUUGAAGGAAGCAAGAACAAUGGUCGCAGAAAAGGGUGUUCCUUGUUAUAUCUUUAGCAGUUGGGUGAGGUUUGGGUUCUAUGAAACGGAUUUCGGAUGGGGAAAACCAUGUUACGUGCGCACUAUUGGAGUGCCUAUAAAAAAUGUGGUGAUUUUUAUGGCUACUAAGGCUGGUGAUGGCAUUGAGGCAUGGAUUACCUUGACUACGCGUGACAUGGUACAUUUUGAGCAGAAUCCAGAACUUCUCCAGUUUGUUUCCUUUGAUUCUCCAUGAGUUAAAUAAGUUUUCUUAGUGACACCAAAAAAAGAAUUGGAAACACGAAUAUGUACCAAAAAUUUGUUUGUAUUGUUUUUAAUUGUGUAAUUGUUUUAUAUGAAUUACUUCGUUCUAAUAAUGUCCGGUGUAAUUUAUUGAAAGAUUU